GAGGGGUUGUCUGUGCUGCGUCUUUUUUGUGGAGUAUUUGGAUGGCACGUUUUAAGGGCAAAGGGAUUCCCACUGGAGGGAAAAGUCCAACAAGAGUGUGUCCUGGAACAGAGUGAGGAGAAGGAGAAGGAGGAGGAGAAGGAGGAGGAGGGAGGAGAGCAGUAAUUUUCCCCUCAUCUUUGCCUCCGCAGGCGUUUCUUCUGUGGGAGAAUGGGGGCUGGAGCUCUGACCAUCUGUCACAACAAGACAGCAGUGCAGGUUAAAGAAGACAUGAAGAAUAUGGUCCAUAUACCCAUACUGAGACAGAGGAUGGUCAAGCACACCAAGCUGUUCGGAGCGUCCCUGUUUGAGCUGCAGCAGAAGGGCCUGGUGGAGGACGGCGUGCCUCUGGUGAUGUGGAGGAUGGUGGAGCAUCUCCGCAAGCAUGCCUUGCAUCAGGAGGGUCUGUUCAGAGUGAACGGGAAUGUGCGUGCUGUGGAGACCCUGAAGCAGCGGCUGGAGAGUGGCGAGCAUGUGGACCUCCUGUCUGAGGCGGAUCUGUGUACGGUGGCCAGCUUGCUCAAAAAGUACCUCAGAGACCUGCCAGAGGGGCUGGUGGACUCAACGGUCCAGCAGGCACUGAUACGUCACUACCAAGAGUGCGGUGACGACGUCUCCUGGUCAGAUAUGAGAGACCUGCUCCAGCAGCUUCCAGACGUCCACUACAGCCUCCUCCGCUACCUCUGCCACUUCCUCACCCUCGUGGAGUGCAACCACAAGGAAAACCGUAUGACGGCCCUCAACCUUGCCACUGUGUUUGGACCCAGCGUCUUCCACGUGGCCCCUGGUUUCGAAGCGCUGAAGGACCAAAAUAUCUGCAACAAGAUCAUGGUCAGGCUCAUCCAGAGCUACAGCAGUAUAUUCCAGAGCGACGCAGACGGAGGAGGCUGCGCGGGAGAGCAGGCGACCCUUAUUAUUGUCAAGGAGGCACAAGUGGCAGACGUGGGCGCAAAGACGUCACCCGACCACCCCGAUGCAAAAACGCCAACGCCGGUUCCCAGAACGAAGGUGUGUGUCCUCCCCUGCAGCAGCACGCCUGCAUUGGCUGGACAAAAAAACCCACCACAAAAUGCAGAUCUUCUGAACAAAUCCUCCACUGACGCUUCAGAGACGAGACCGAGGAAGAGGAAGGUGAGGAAAGGGAAGAGUGACGUUGUGACUCAAGUGGUUCCUCAGCCCCGCCGCUCUGCCGGGUUACCCCAUACGAGGCCCCUGUCGAUACCAAUAGUUUUGCCCCUGACCGCCCAGCUGAGAAGCCCCAGUCCGGAGGCGAUGGACACAGCUCCGGUUCUGCUGGCGCGCCCAGAUACCCCAGACACUGCAUCGCAACCAACCCCCCUACCUAACAUUAGCCCCGCAAGCAGCAUGGAGGCCCUCAGCAGUUCCCAAGAAGACGAGAGGCCAAUAUCUCCUUUCUACAUGAGUAACCACCUCUCCCCCGUCCACUGCAGACCAGAUGUGGUAAAUUUUCUGGACAGGACGAUACGUUCGGCCGUGGAGCAGCACCUCUUUGAUGUCGAUGGUCAGAGUUCGCCGCCGACAUCGCCGAGUGUGACGCCGACCGCCCGCCAGAGACGUCGACACCAGAGGGAGCAACAGGAGGAGGGGCCGAGAAACAAAGAAAGAAGCAGAGCAGCAUCCGUCAGAGCAGACACCAACAAGGAGAACAUCCCAUCGAGUGGCGGGAGCAGCUCGGGCAGCGUGGGGGAGGACACAGGCAGCAGCCUGGACUCUCAGGGAGGCCCGGGUGGUCGCACCGAGCGGACCCCGAAGCCCAGGAGGUCGAAACACAGCCCGACACUGGUGCAGCUCACUGACAACCAGGACGCCCACGCACUCAAUGAAUGUGUUGGUGAGAGACCUGGACUUACCUACAUGGAGACAUUUCACACAGGGAAUGACAUUUCAAGAAAAGAUGGCCUCGGCUCUCCUUCACAGACGCUAAGGAUGAAGAUCCAGGAGUCGCCUGUGACUUGUGACACGGGGAGGGUCGUCGGCGGAGGAGGCGGCGGCGAGGUGCGAGCCUCGGACCCGGACUGCGAGAAGACGAGCUGCGAGGACGUGCCCCGACUGGACCUGACGGCGCUCACCGAGGACAACAACUGGGGAGAUUCUCCGUUCUUUAACGCCCCCUUCCUUGAUUUCAAAAGUAUCCUCCAUCCAAGUUUUUGUGAUGAACCGGUCCCAGCGUACUCGCCGCUGCAGAGGGAGAGCAUGGACCGGGAGGAGGCCCGGCUGUCCCCCCACGCCGGUGGGGGGCGCCUGAUCCGCCAGCUGCUGGAGGAGGACAGCGACCCGAUGCUGUCCCCCCGCUUCUACGCCUACGGACAGUGCCAGCAGUACCUGGACGAUACGGAAGUGCCUCCCUCGCCGCCGAACGCGCACUCGUUUGUCAGUCGCAGGCGGAGUUCGUCUCUUGGCUCCUGCGAUGACGAGAAAGAGGAGCUGACGUCCGCCCAGCUCACGAAGAGGAUCCACAUACUGAAGAAGAAGAUCCACAGGUUCGAGGAGAGGUUUGAGGAGGAGCGGAAAUACAGGCCCUCCCACAGCGAUAAAGCUGCAAACCCAGAGGUGCUCAGAUGGGUAACGGAGCUGGCCAAGCUUCGCAAAGAGCUAAAAGAACACAAGCUGCUGAAGUCCGAGGAGGACCUGCCGCCUCUGACCCGCCAGCGCAGCAACACGCUGCCCAAAAGCUUCGGCUCUCAGCUGGAGAAGAAACCGCAGCAGGAGAAAGUGCCCAAGCCUCCGGUGGAGACGACCCUGGAGACGAUCCUGAAGAAGCUGCAGGAGAAGAGGGAGGAGGUGAACCGGCCCGAGGACAUCAAGGAUAUGACACGAGAGCAGAUCGGAGCGGAGAAAGUCGCCCUGCAGAAAGCUCUGCUCUACUAUGAGAGCAUACACGGCCGACCGGUCACCAAGAGCGAGAGGCAGAUCAUGAAGCCCCUGUACGACAGAUACCGCCUGGUGAAGCAGAUCCUGUGCAGAGCCUCCACCAUCCCUGUCAUUGGCUCUCCCUCCAGCAAGCGCAGAGGUCCCCUCCUUCAGCCCAUUAUCGAGGGCGAAACCGCACUCUUCUUCGAUGAUAUCAAGGAGGAAGAGGACGGCUCGGAGGACGACGGGGACUCGAAGACGCAGUUCACAGUGAGCGUGCAGCCCGAGAUCAGCGUCAUCGGCUUCCUGGAGCACAUGGACGAGGAAGCGGACGGUUUCAUUUCGCCCGUGGACGAACUUUCGCCUUCGAAGAACACGACGGACAUGAGGCUGUCCAACCUGCAUUCCGCCACCACGCAGGAACUUGUGGAGCAGCUCCAAGAGGCGCGAGAGGAGAAGAAGAGGCUCCGCAAGAACCUGAAAGAGUUCGAGGACCAGUUCUUGAGACAAAACGGAAGAAAUGUGCAGAAAGAGGACCGCUCCCCGUUGGCAGUGGAGUACAACGAAUACAAGCACGUCAAAGCCAAACUGCGGCUGCUGGAAGUCCUGAUCAGCAAAAGAGACUCAUCGAAGUUAAUCUGAGAACAAAUAAAAGGCUCUUAUAAAAAAAUAAAAAAAAAACUGAUGCUUUGUCUCCGGAGAAAAACGGAGCGGGUUUUUCUCUCCCGCUGCCAUCUUGUGUUGCUCGUCGAGGAGAAAACGGCGAGUUUAUUCCAGUCUGUCGAGCGCUGCGGUGUUUUCCUGUGGAGCCUGCAGAGAGCCCGCCGACUCACGACUGAUUUGAAGCGACACAAAGUCACCGGCUUCACCUGAGAAGUUAAAUUCCAACCGAACUUCAACCGUCGCAAGAGGACUUUUCUUUUCUUUCAGAGACUAAGCAGUGACGCACACACAAGUAACCUGAAUCACUCUUUUACUGCUAAUAAUUUAUUUCUAUCCCUUUUUUUGAAUGUUUUUAUUGGAACAGAAAAGUUAUUUUUUCCCCGUGUUUUUACUGUAGAAGUCUUAAAAAAACAAACAAUCCUUGUAAGUAAGAUAAUAGAUAUGAAAUGAUUGCUAUUUUAAAAAACAAAAAAGAAGGAUUUUUGCGAUCAAGAUUUAUGUGUAUUUUUUUAAGGGAGACGUUACUAUUUGUAUAACUUUUAAUCAUCUCAACAGCAUUCUGUGAAUGAAUAGCUGUCUCUAUUUCAGCCCUGACCAUCAAAAAAUGUCUGAAAUAAUCUUAUGUUGCUUCUCUAGAAGUUGAAUCGAGUAUUUGCUCGCCGCAAGAAGUGGUUUCUGAUUUUUAAAACGACCCAAAGAUAGACACUCAGAGUACAAACUGCAAACCAAAAUAGCUCAUUAUCAAUAAAACGGCUUAUUUUUUAUGAUCACUGGUACUUUCUUCAGCAUCCGACUGUACAUUUUAUGCAUCAACAUGCUUUUUUUCUCCCUUCCCCUCAUUUCCUUCAUGUCAAAUAAGCUAUUUCUCAUCUUGAAUCACUGGUAUGUUUCUGCUCACACUGAUGAACAUUGACAAGGACGUUUGUGAGACGACUCUGGGACACAAAAGUUUUUCUCAGCGGGUUUCCCUCUCGUCCUCUCCAGAGCUCUUCUUUUUUUUUUUUCUUUCUUUUGUUUUGUGUUCUAUUGUAAAUAUGGAUCACUGUGUAUGUUUACAUUUCUGUGAGCGAGUACAUAUUUCCUUUCUUUCUCCAAAAUGGAUGAUUUAUCAGUGUGAAUUUCGUUUUUACUGAAUGUAAACACUGGCAAGGCUUAAUGAAUUUUGAGUGUGUACAUUUUAGUACAUAAAUUGUAUUUGUAUUUUGUAUAUAAUAUAAAUGAAAUCAUAUUUUUACCGAG